AUGUCCUCCAUCCUGCCUUUCACUCCUCCCAUCGUCAAGCGGCUCCUGGGCUGGAAGAAAGGGGAGCAGAACGGGCAGGAGGAGAAAUGGUGCGAGAAAGCGGUGAAGAGCCUGGUGAAGAAGCUGAAGAAGACGGGGCAGCUGGACGAGCUGGAGAAGGCGAUCACCACGCAGAACAUCAACACCAAGUGCAUCACCAUCCCCAGGUCGUUGGACGGGCGGCUGCAGGUGUCUCACCGGAAGGGUCUGCCCCACGUCAUCUACUGCCGGCUGUGGCGCUGGCCGGACCUCCACAGCCACCACGAGCUGCGCGCCAUGGAGAUGUGCGAGUACGCCUUCAACAUGAAGAAAGAUGAAGUCUGUGUGAAUCCUUACCACUACCAAAGAGUGGAAACCCCAGUGUUACCUCCAGUGCUGGUGCCUCGGCACACCGAGAUCCCAGCUGAGUUCCCGCCCUUAGACGAUUACAGUCAUUCUAUUCCAGAGAACACUAACUUCCCAGCAGGGAUUGAGCCACAGAGCAACUACAUUCCAGAGACACCUCCUCCAGGCUAUUUGAGUGAGGAUGGAGAAACCAGUGACCACCAGAUGAACCCCAGCAUGGAUGCAGGUUCUCCAAACUUAUCACCAAACCCCAUGUCUCCAGCACACAAUAAUCUGG